GGGUGUCUCCGGAGGGGGAAACUCCACAACUCCCUGAGCAGCCGUUCCAGUGCUCUGCCACCCUCAGCAUAAAGUAAUUCUUCCUCAAGUUGAGGUGGAGGUUCUUGUGUUUGAGUUUAUGAAUAUUGCUCCGCCGGUUUCAGCUCCAGUAUCCCAGUGCUGGAAACAAGCCAAGGUGAAAUGAUCUCUGUUGCCCUAUGCUGACCUGGGCCAGCAAGAGGAUUACUGUCCAGCCUCAGACUCCACCUCAACUUGCUGAGCGGAGCUUUGGGGUUUCUGUAAAACAAAAGUCAGACACCCUUUUCUGUGGGAAGUCAGGGAAGAGGCUCUCUGACACAGGUGUGGUGCAGAGAAAGCCCAACGUGAGGCAGCUUUACUUUCAGUUUUCUCAGCUCCUCAAUGCAAGAGAGACACAGAACUCCUGGAGAGGGUUCAGCAGAGGGAAAUGAGGAUAACUAGGGGACUGGAACAUCUUUCUUACAAGAAAAGCCUGAGCAAUCUGGGCCUGUUCAGUCUGGAGCACAGGUGACUGACAGAGGACCUCAUUAAUACCUGUCAAUGUCUGCAGGGAGGGGUCAGAGGAUGCACCAGGCUCUGCUCAGUGCUGCUGAGCAGUAGGCAGGAGGAAUGGGCAGAAACUGAUGCACAGGAAGCUCCACCUGGACAUGAAGAAUAACUUUACCCUGGUGACUGCACAUAGGAACAAAUUUUCCCGAGAGAUUGUGGAGUCUCCCUCACUGGAGAUACUCAAAAACCAUCUGGAUGCAAUCUUGUGCCACAUGCUCUGAGACGGCCCUGCUGGAGCAGGGAGAUUGGACCAGAUGAGCCACUCUGGUCCCUUCCAGCCCUACCCAUUCUGAGACUCUGUGAUAAGGAGAGAGACACAGUGUGUGAAAGGGUGGAGGUGUACUGGAGCAGAGUAGGCUGUUGAUGCUCUUCUGGGACAGCUGAAAGGCCUAACUCCUGGAGGACUGCAGCUUUUUGGUGGCUGGGGGAUGGAUGUCUAAAGCAGUGUUGGCACCUGGAGUGCUGACACAUGCUGUCUGUCUGGUACUGCAGUUCCCAGGGCUGCCGGCUGCCCUCCCUGCCCUGCCUCUGGAACUCACUGUCCUCUACAACUCCCUGCUUUUCACUGUGGGAGCAUCUGACUCUGCCAUCAAUGGAGAAGCAGAAGGAAUACGCCAGGGGCUCCUCAGGGUUCUGGAGGUUUGUGGGGCCUGCGGACAGGAUCUUGGCACGGAGGAGCUGUGGGAGAAGGUGCUGCAGGAGGUAACCGUGGAGGAGCUGCAGGCACCUCUGCACCGCCUUGGGGCCCUGCAAGCAGCCUGGUGGCUGGCAGCCAGCCAGCUGGGAAGUGUUGCUGGCCUCUUCCAGCUCCUGAGCACUGCUGAGGACCCAGGAAGAGCCCACUGCAGUGAAGGGCAGAACAAACUCCUCUCCAUGAUCAAGGCAUGGCGGGUCCCUCCUGAGGGGGCCUCCCUGCCCCUUGUACAAAGCGCCAAGGACUUGAAGGAAAUCCUCUGCACUGCAGCAGCCUUCCUGCAAGGGCUGCAGGAGCUGGAGGCUGGGAACUUCCCCACUGCCCUCUCCCUCCUUCAGGAAGCUGCAGGAGGAUUCUGCUCCAAGAAUAUCCUGGCCCAGAUCUACACCUGCCUCGGUUGCUGCGCUCAGCGAAUGGGCAAGCCUCAGACAGCCCUUCAGCACCUGAAGCGGGCACUCCAGGUAGAUUUCCAGUGCCUUCCUGCCCUGUCCCACGUGGCAGCAGUGUACCAUGAACUGGGAGAGACCGAUGCAGAGCUGCAGGCCCUGACCCUACUCUACGAGGCUCUGGGAAAAUCCCCUCCAGCAGCUGCUUCCUCUAGUCCCCAUUUCCUAAUGCGAACAGAGCUGCUUGUCCGCACACCAGUGCUCCCUUCCCUCCUUCGCCAUCGCCACCCCUCUGAAGUGAAGUACCUUCUGGCACAGCGCUGUCUCCAGGAUGGGAGGGUGGAUGAUGCAGUGGAACAUUACCUGGAUUUUCUGUCCCUCCUUCAGGAGGGGCUGCAGCAGCAGGUGCCCCUGGAUGGUAGCUCAGCUCUGCCCAGGAUCCCAGAGGUGUUCCUGGAAGCAGCAUCUGCCUUGGAGCAGGCUGGGAGGCACCAGGAUGCCAUAACUGUGUGUGAGGAGGUCAUCAGCCGGACAACUGACCUCAUUCCACGGGUGUUACGAGUGGAGGAGAGGCUGGAGCAGCCGGAUUCCUCGUUGCCAGGGGCAGAACUGGCAGGUGCACUCCUGUCCCAGAAGAAGGAGAGCCUGUGCUGCCUUGCCUGGAGAGCAGCUGGAUACCUGUACCAGGGCUGGGCAAGGGCCAGGCUGGGAGAGAGCAAGGAAGCUGUAACACAGUUCAGCAGGUGCCUCAGUGAUCUCCUGCGUGUCCAGCUUCAUGGGUCUGGCAUCAAAUGGACAGAGAAUCUCCAGCCAGAAGUGGAGGUGCUCCAGAAGAUCAGGUUGCUCUCUCUCAUUGGGCGAGGUACGCAGUUCCUGGAGCUGGGGAGGAACAAAGAAGCCCUGUUGGAUUUCCAGCACAGCUUGCAGAUCUCACCAGGUGACCCAGCCGCUGCCUCCUACCUGGUGCAGGCCUUGUGGAAGCUGAACCGAAAGCAGGAGGCGGCUGCUCAGUGGCAGAGGCUCUCCCAGAGCUCCCCUGGAGAGGAUGGGCAGCAGCAAGGGCAGGGGAGGCCCCUCCCUUUGUACCUGGUUUCAUGUCUGGAGCAGGCAGCGUUCCCUGACAGUGAGCCUCUUGCCAGAAGCAUCCAGGAUUACCUCGGGGCAGCAGCCCAGGACACCUCAAGCUGACCUGCUGAGGUCUUCCUU